AUCAAAAAUUUUCAAAAAACGGAAAAAAUAGAACAAAGAAGAGGGAAAAGUGGUUUUAAAAAUUAAAAAAAAAAGUAUUAAUCUAAACAAUUAAAGUCAUCAAAAUCCAUAUUCAACAAUGGACAAAACUCCAGGAAAAGUUCUUCGCAAUUUGCAUUUGGAAAAUGUUGCUUGCCAAAGCACCCCAAUGAAAAUCCCGCCAUCGCCAUUUAUGAAGAGUCUCGGCUAUGGUACUUGUGUAAAUGUCUAUAAAUUAGAUCGCUCUCCAAGAUGCGGACAAAUUCGUUCUCCAUGGGCAGUAAAGCGAGUCUCACGAAGAGCACGCGGUGCAGGAAAUCUUGAAUACAAUACACGAAUUCAAGAAGAGGCGGAGAUUCUAAGAAAACUUUCACAUCCAAAUAUAGUUGGCUUCCGUGGAAUACAAAAAUCCGAAGAUGGCAUGGACUCAUUAGCUCUUGAGUGUUGUCAAACAUGUUUGGGAACAAUUCUUGAAGAUCGUUUAGAAGAUGAACUUGGAGCUUUACCUGCAAAGAAUACCUUAAAGAUGAUCUUCGACAUCUCCAAAGCAUUAGAUUAUCUACACAAUGAAGCAAAGCUACUACAUGGUGACCUCAAAUCCUUCAAUAUUCUUGUUAAAAAUGACUUUGAAAUCUGCAAGCUCUGUGACUUUGGUGUAAGUCUUCCAUUGGACGAGGAUGGGUUUAUUAAUUUUGAAGAAAAUCCCGAACUACAAUAUGUUGGAACGGAUAUUUGGUCAGCUCCAGAAAUAAUAGACAGAGAAGAAAUAAUUGAUGCUAAAGCUGAUAUCUUUAGUUUUGGAUUAAUUAUUUAUGAAACAAUUUCACUUUGUCCUCCACAUACUAUUCACUUACGUGACGACGAAGACUCAGAAGAGUCUGCUAAAGAAAAUAAUGAUGGGUCGAUGGAUUGUUCGGGUGUGGAAAGGGCUUACGGAACUCGACCACCUUUGCCACAAGCAUUCGAACUUACAACUGAAUAUAAUACAGUUGUUGAAUUAUUUUAUUGUUGUACAAAUGAAGCUUCUGAGGAUAGACCUGCUGCUAAAGAUAUUUGGGUAUCAUUGGAAAAGAACGAUCUUCUAAACAAGAAGUAAAAAUAAAAUACCUUAUACUUUUAUCGAUUAUUGUAUUUUGUACCAAUUUUAAUGAAAUAAAAGAAGAAUUAGGAAAUUA